UUUUAGAUGCAUUCCUUCUGACAGGCUUUUCUAUAUUCAAAGUGUAUGUCCAAAUUAACUGAGGCACAUUCUUCAGUCUCAGUAAUGAGCACUGAACAUGUUAAUUGACCUAAAGUCUACAACAGCUGAAUCAUCCUCAAACAAUUCACUCUUAUCCAGAUUUACUCUGAGCGAAAUCUCAGGGGUGGUACCCCUAAAUCCUGGGACAAAACAAAGGCAAGGUGCCCCGCUCUGAAUGCCUGGCUUAUUAUGCAACUGGAGUAUAAAACUCAAACCGCAGGCAGGAGCUCAGACAUUUAUUUCUGGAAGGAGUUGAGGCAAAAACACAUAGGCCGAAGAGGGUUUAGAUAGCUUCAUCAGCCCUUGUGAUCAGAGUUCAAGAUCUACUCAACCCCGAGUUUGAUUUUAUAAUUCAAAAUACAUGGAUUUUAUUUUGCCCCAAACGACCCCUGCUGAUGGUAUCCAAUGGGAGAAAGUUUUACCCCCCCUAAUUCCUCGACUGAAUGGAACCUACGGACAAUACAACUGGUCCCCAAAAUUGCUUAUGGCUGAGACUGAAAACGCCAGUUCUGCUGAGGUGAACUGUGAUGACAAUGGCUUUACAAUUCAAGUUGAUGUUAAGCAUUUUAAACCAGAGGACCUGAUGGUUAAAGUUAUUGGAGACUUUGUGGAAGUGCAAGGAAGGCAUGAGGAGAAAAAGAGUGGCAGUGGACUCACAACACGGCAGUUUAAUCGUCGAUAUCGGGUUCCAAAAGAGGUGGAUAUAAUGGCUUUGGAAUCUGCUGUGUCUCCCAGUGGUAUUCUCAUCGUAUCUGCGCCCAUUCUACCACCAGACAAUGUUCACGCUUUGAGCUAAUCUACACCCAACAAGAAUUAAAUAUUGUGUCUUCCAGUAAUAUCGGCAUAGGUGAUAAAACUAUGGCAACUUUGACUUGACAGCAAGAUUUCAUUUAAAUUCUUGGCUACCGAAACCCUCCAAUCAGCAUAACUUCAUUGGAUAAUUUAUAACACACGAGUUUUUCUUGUUGUUUUUUUUUUUUAUUAAUAUUGAUUUAAAUGUGAUAUAGAAAUAAAACUAGUUAACAUUUCCUGAUGUUGUAUUCUUACUUGAAUUCAAAAGGUCUCAAAAUGAGCAGAACUGAGUGAUGGGUGUUUGUCUUUGCUUAGAUUUACCAACUAUGCCAGUAUGAGAGAAGGGUACUGUAUGUGAUUGUAAAUUGAGUUGAUAUCUUCCUUUGAGCGAACCUUGUAAGUAUACACUGUUCUAUUUUGUAUUCAUGCUUUUGAUGAAGAAAUAUUAAAAUGUAACUUUUAUUUGACUGUGAUUUAAUAAAAAAUAGAAACAUUAUGCAUUCA